CUAGCAUUCAACCACCUCUCAAGGAGAAGAAAGCAAAUCUAGCAACUCCUGCUGCUCGUUCAUCGAGCAACUACAGCCAAAUUUCUGACUUAAAAGUCCUGCCAAAUGGCUGCACUUCCUUCAAUCAGCUCACACUCAUCUUCAUCUUCUUUGUAUCCUAAUUAUCAAUCAUCACCACUAAUUUUCUCUUCAAAGACUACACAGGACCAUUGCUCACCCUUCUUCACUAUCAGAUCAAAUGGAUCUUUGAGGGGGAGAUUAUCCUCAAGCACAUUUCCAAGAGGCCUAAAAGUCUUAAAUGCAGCAACAAAACCUGCAAAAUCACCAGCUGAGGAAGAUUGGAAGACUAAGAGAGAAGUUCUUCUCCAGAAUAAGGUCAGGAGUGUAGAUGUGAAGGAAGCUCUGCGUCUUCAGAAAGAAAACAAGUUUGUGAUUCUUGACGUGAGACCAGAAGCAGAAUUCAAAGAGGCUCAUCCAUCAGGAGCUAUCAAUGUACAAGUAUAUAGGCUUAUAAAGGAAUGGACAGCAUGGGACAUUGCAAGGCGUGCUGCGUUUGCCUUUUUUGGCAUCUUUGCUGGCACAGAAGAAAAUCCUGAGUUUAUGCAGACUGUGGAAUCAAAGAUCAAUAAAAAUGCAAAGAUAAUAGUGGCUUGCUCAGCUGGGGGUACAAUGAGGCCAUCCCAAAAUCUUCCUGAAGGACAACAGUCAAGAUCACUGAUAGCAGCUUACCUGUUAGUCCUAAACGGUUACAAGAAUGUCUUCCACUUAGAAGGGGGUCUCUACACAUGGUUCAAAGAGGAUUUGCCAGCAGAGUCUGAAGAGUGAAGCAUCAUCAGUAUUACAAAUGGUGCUUCCAGAGAAACUCAAGUUUUGUCUUCGUUAGAGAUGGUAAUUUACUUGUAUCAUGACUGACUCUAUUUUGUCCAACCACGGAUGGAAGAUCUAUUUAUUGAAACUGAGUUUAAUCA